AUCGCCAAAUCGCCAUUAACUCUGAUCAUUGUCAAAUUUUAUCUCCGAUAUCCAUGGUGAUUUUGAUUUGGAGCCAUUUGGAUUUAGUUCUCAACCAAGUUUGGUCCAUAUGGAAUUAAGCAACUGAAGAACGUUAACGUACAGUCUUUCAACCUGUUUGUUGACCAUUUGUCCAAAUCGGUGGUUUAUCGUCUCUCAGGUGAGCAUUAUUUUCUCAUUGAUUUUGUCAUUUGGAAUUUGCGGUUUCUUUGGAAUGUCAUAGCAGGUAAUUCUUGUAGUUCAACUUGGUACCUGUUUAUCAAGUUUUGUUCUACUGGUUGUGGAUUGUGAGUUGUGACCGACCUCUUGAAUCCCUGGUUCUGUUUUGGCAGUGUCUUGGAUUCUAUUAGUGCCUGGGCACUCUUUGUGGUGUUCUGCACAACCAUUUGGGAUUAUCGUCUUCUUUAUUUCUUUAGUUAAUUUCUUGCAUAAUUUUCUUGGUAUUUGAUGCUUUAAUUUCAGUAUCUCAACUUUUUCAUUUGAAGGGAUCAAAUUGUGUUUCUGGGGUAUCUCAUUUCUCUGCCGUCAGGCUAUAUGUUCUCUAUUGUUUUGUAGUUUGUACGACUAGUUCAUGAAUUUCAUCAGAUUUUGUAGAUGUGUCUGUCGUAGCAUGGCCUUUGUUCCACACUUCCACGUUUAGAAGGAGUGCUAUAAGCUCUAUUAUUUAAUGAUACAUGAUCAAAUUGUGGUUCUUGACAUUGAAUUCUCAUUUAUAUAUUUUAUGGUUACUAUUUGAUUUAGUUUUUUUCUUGCUCCACUGAUUCUAAUGAUUCUUUGUGUUUAUUUUCAUGUUGCUUUGGUUCGUUCUGUGCUUGGAGUAUCUUGUGGGCUGCGGAAGCCAAAGCAGUUAGAUUGCUACGAGUGUUUUGGGAUAAGAUCGAUUACCUGUCCAUGGUUGCAUUUCAAAUUAGAGGCAGUUCUACUUGAAGACAGUUAGUUGCGCUCUGCUUUUGACGGUUAUUCAUGCAAGUUCCAAACUCUUUUGGAUAAAUCCAAAUGUGUUUGGUAUCUUAAUUCACCUUUUUAGAUUUUUUAGGAGAGGGAUGUAUUUACUGUAGCUGCUCAUGGAGAUGGAGAUGGAGAUGGAGAUGAGAGCCGAAGAGGAGAUAGAACUAGGACAAGACUUAACCCCAUCACUCCCUCCUCUCUCUUUCGCUCUCCAUGACUCCCUUCUCUCCUCUCACUGCUCUUCCUGCUUCUCUCCCCUCCCUCCUCUCCAUACCCCUCCCUUUCCCAACAAUUCCCACCAUGUCCACUACUGCUCCCCACGCUGCUCCGCCUCCGAUUCUCCCCUCCACCUCUCCAGCGCCGAGCCUCGCCUUCUCCGCCUCCUCCAUUCCCACCCCUCCACCUACCCCCACGGCGACUCCUCCGACCUCCGCGCCGCCCUCCGCCUCCUCCACUCCCUUCCCGCCACCUCUCCCCCCGCUCCAACCCGCAUCUCCGGCCUCCUGACCAACCGCCCCAAACUCAUUGACCACGACGAUGACCUCAGCAUUCGCGACGGCGCCAGGGCUAUGUUUCUCGCCAGGACAAUGCGGGACGCUCAGGACGACGACGCCGAUUUGGAGGAGGCUGUGCUGUGCCUGGUCCUGACCAACGCCGUCGAGGUCCAGGAUAACACCGGCCGCACCCUCGGAAUUGCAGUGUACGAUUCCUGCUUCUCUUGGAUCAACCACAGCUGUUCUCCCAAUGCCUGCUACCGCUUUCUGCUGUCCUCGCCGUCCCCGCCGCAGUGCGCCGAGACGCCGCUGCGUAUUGUCCCCGCCGGCCAAAUUGAGAGUGGUGUUUGUAGCAAGAAUUUGUUAACAAAAGAAUGCGGGAAAUAUGGUCCAAGAGUGAUAGUUAGGAGCAUCAAGAGAAUCAAUAGGGGAGACGAAGUCACUAUUACAUACACUGACUUGUUGCAACCAAAGGCUAUGAGGCAGUCUGAAUUAUGGUCAAGGUAUCGGUUUGUGUGCUCAUGUAAGAGAUGUAGUGCAUCACCCCUAACUUAUGUCGACUGUGCUUUGGAGGAUAUCUAUGCAGUCAAUUUCAACUCUUCCAGAUUGAGUUCAGAUAUUAUCUUCAAUAGAGACAAGGUACUCACACAAGGUCUUUCUGAUAACCAGCAAGAGGGAAAUGAAGAAAAAUCAGAGUUAACUUACUGGUUGAACCCAUUGCAUCACCUCUCUCUAAAUGCGUACCCCACAUUGGCUUCAGUGACAAGCGCAGCAUACUCAUUGUUGCUCGCAGGCGCAACUCACCAUCUCUUUAACUCUGAAUCUUCCCUAGUUGUAAAUGUUGCACAUUUCUGGACGAUCGCUGGGGAUUCCUUGCUAAAUCUUGCUAAGAGCUCACUCUGGAGUGAGAUAAACAGAUGGGAUUUGCCUGUGUCAGACCACUUGGAACUAUACCGUAUUGCAAAAUACAAAUGUCCAAAGUGCUCAUUGAUGGAUAAAUUCGAAACUUAUUCAUUUCAUGAUCCAGUGAAGCAUGCAGAUUUUGAACAUGCAUCGAGGGAGUUUCUUGAUUGUGUCACUAACUUAACACAAAAAGUUUGGUAUUUUCUGGUUCAAGGUUGCCGCUAUCUGGGACUUUGUAAGAAUCCUAUAGAUUUUUGCUGGCUUGACACUUCAAAAUAUUCAAGUGAAUGUGAAGUUCUUACUCAGUCUACUGGUACUAACUGUGGGAAUAAAAGAAGUUUUUCUGGAAGUGAAGCAGAGGAAGACACCAACCAGUUAAGGAUGUAUAUUUUAUAUCUCGGUGUCCAUUGCUUACUAUAUGGAGAAUUUCUUGCGAGCAUAUGUUAUGGUAGGUAUUCCCAUUUGACUUGUUAUGUUCAUAACAUUUUAGAUCGUGAAGAGAAAUCAUCAAAUCCUUGUCAUUGACUGCACAUUGAGUUUGAGAAAAUGUUAAUUUAUA